CCCACAGGCACCUCAGCCACAGGCUCCGGAGACUCCCUGGGCAGAUGAAGAAAAUGUAGUUUAUCACCUGACUGACGAGGACUUCGACAAGUUUAUAAAAGAUCAUUCAUCUGUGCUAGUGAUGUUCCAUGCACCGUGGUGUGGACACUGUAAGAAAAUGAAGCCAGAAUAUGAGAAGGCUGCAGAGUUCCUCCAUGUAGCCAGUGAUAGUCCAGGUGUCCUUGCAGCAGUUGAUGCUACCGUUAACAAGGCGCUGGCAGAAAGAUAUCACAUCUCAGGGUUUCCUACCUUAAAGUAUUUUAAGGAUGGAGAGGAGAAAUACACUCUGCCACACCUCAGAACAAAGAAGAAGAUCAUCGACUGGCUGGCAAAUCCUGAAGCACCACCUCCACCUGAGCCCGCAUGGGAAGAAAAACACACUAGUGUUAUCCAUCUUGCUGGAGAAGACUUCAGGGAAUCCUUGAAGAAGAAGAAGCACACCCUUGUCAUGUUCUAUGCACCAUGGUGUCCCCACUGUAAAAAUGCCAUUCCGCAUUUUACAACUGCUGCCGAAGUCUUUAAAGAAGAUCGAAAGAUAGCCUAUGCUGCAGUGGACUGUGCCAAAGAACAGAAUCACGACCUGUGUAAGCAGGAGGGGGUCGAUGGCUACCCCACCUUCAACUAUUACAACUACGGAAAAUUCGUGGAGAAAUAUACUGGAGAAAGAGGGGAGUCUGGAUUCACCACUUUCAUGCGAACCCUAAGAGAAAGAGAUCAUGAAAGAGUAGGAAAGAAGAAGGACGAAUUGUAGUUUCUGCCUCAAAAGAAGCUUUCCGCUGCACUGUGAAUGGUUCCAGGUCUUUUGUUAAUGCACCUGAGACUUCACAUAUUCUCAAGACAGAGACUUUUUUUUAUAAACAGCCAUGGCCAUUUUGUACAAUUUUGAAAUAAAGUGAAACCACUUGAUUUUUAAAAGGAAAAUAAAUUAGAA